UUUUGGACUUGAGUAAAACUUCGGCAUAUCUAGCAGUGGUGUGGUGGCGAGCUGAUUCAGAACUUUUGGGAAGAUAUGGUCAUAAUCGGAGACUAAAACAGGUAAAUUGGAUAAUUUUUUUCCCCACGUAAAAUAACAGACCUUUAAUGUAAAGGUUUUGGUCGUUAUUUUCUUUCGUAAUGUAUUGAGGGUGUUGUGUUUGCUCUUUCAAGCAUGAUCCGAGCUUCAUUGUCUUUUUGCCACAAGCUAGCCCCAACUUUCCCCAAGUUUUCUCAUAGAAGUAACCCUACAGCAAACUACUCAGAAAUGUUGUCGUAUUAUCUCACAUAUUUAGGAAAAUAGCACCUUUCAUAACGUAAGCAUUUGCUCUACUGUUCUGCAUUGUUUCAAUGUAGUCUACAACCGAAACCGACAACUUUUCUCCUUGUUCGCUCGUUGACAUCAACCAGAGAACACCGUUAGACAGGGGUGAAGCAGCUAUAAAAGUUCAUAUUUCUUGGAUAAUAAUGAUUCUAAUUGAACAAUUAUGACGCCGAAUUUUUGUAAAUACACAGCUCAUGUAGUAAAAUAUUGAACUGGAGCAUUAAGUAAUGCAUAAAUUGACUGUUAGUGAGGCUAACUAAAUAUCAAGAGUUUUCCUGACGGAGUUUCUGGGAGUAGUUCCAUUUAUGACAGAUUAGUCUGGAUUAUAAGGUCUAGAUCCAUUUAUCUACUUUAUUUUGACAUCAGAACACUAAAAUACAAGAAAUUAUGCAUAUUGAAAUAAUAGAUAAUAUAUUUUACAUAGACUACAAGUAGGUCUGUCACAGUAAUGGUGGGCGGGGGUUUAAGCUGAUGAAAAUAACUCCAAAAUAAGGAAGUUGUUGAAGCGAGUUGAGACAUGUUUGUUGUCUCCUGUUGCUGUCUCUUCUUGUCUGCUGUAAUAAUAACGAUAAUGUGCAUUUGCACUGGAGUGCCUCUCAUAACUCGUAUGUUAGUCAGAACAUGUGCUGCAUGCCUCAAGGAGAUGCCUGCAGCCUUUUAAACUCCUGGGAUGAUGACAGUUGUGAAGAUGACACUCAGCCAGACUAAGAAGAAUUUAAGAGCUUUGCACAACUAAAAAAAGAGCAUGUCUUGUCUUUUUGUUGGCUUUUUCUGUUUAUUGGCCCAGUUAGAAACAUCCUUGUUGGCUGUCAGUGGACAAACACAACGUUUUCAUAAGGAAUAAGUCAAAUCCUGCAAAAACAGCAUGAUCAUUUGUUAUUAGGCACAUAUUUGCAACAGCGACAAAGACUUGUGAAAGAAAGCAGGACAGUAGGACAUCCCUCCAUGACCUAAAUACUUUGAAAAACACUGCUGCUAAAUAAAUCUAUGCUUGGCUGCACAUUUUGGCAUGAAAAACACAUGAGAAAUAACGGCAUCAGGAGGCUGUUAUUUUGUUUCAAACCCACACCCAUUUCAUAGUCAAGAGAUUUUCUGUGUUAUAUGAAAACUGGCUUGCCUGGCUAAGUGCCCAGCAUUAGCUUAAAUUCUUUUUUAUUUGGGAGAGAGAAAGAGGGAUUAUAAAAUACAGGAUUAGAGCGAGAGAGAGAGAGAGAGAGGGAGAGGGCCAUAGCCCCCCUUUUAAAGGACAGAAUCUGUGUUGUGGGUGGGUGGGUGUGUGUUAACAGCUGGACUGUUUGUCUGCAGAAAGAAAGGAGUUUCUUAAGGAGAAAGAGGGAGGGGCAAUGCUAUACAUGAGUAUGUUGUUUAUGACGCACAGCAGGCCUGCAUAAAUCUACUCUGAAUCUGAAUUAAUGAGUGCAUACAUACAUAAAUACUGUGGUCUGACAAUAAAACUGUGUACAAUGGAGGAAAGUAUUUCAUUAGCCUACAACUUUAAGCCACUUGAAGUUCAUCUAAGUACAUCUCUAUAAUACUAUUUGAUCCUUUUUCAAAACAAUCCCAUUUAUUGAUGCAAAAGUGUAAAUCACACGCUAACCUGCUCUUGAUAUGCAGAAAAAAAAAACCCUAAAACUUUUGUACCUCAAGAAAUUAAGGGAUGAACAAUGCAUUUUUAAUAAUAGCUCCGGAGUAUAAGACAUGCAUAACUUUUGCUGUUCCCCGCAUAUCGACUUCUGUAAAUAAAUCUGUUUUUGGUGAAACUUUGAAGAUUGCAAAUUAAGAUUUAUUUUUCACAGUAGUUGAAGUAACAAACUAGCCUCUCCUGUAGUAAAAUAUGACACAUUUUACAAAUAAAUACAACUUUUGCAGCAGAGGCAGGAACUGCUGGGAAACUUACGAUACGAUCUACAGUAAAGUUAUGUCACAGCCACGUGAUGUCUAGCCAAUCAGAUAGUGUUGUAUUAGUUGAAACUGUACAGUGAGGGGAAACAGAUCCAGAGGGAAAGACACACCAGGAUCCAAAACGUAGCACACUUUUUAACUGAUUAAAGUUUUUAGUAUGAAAUUCAAUUCUGAUGAAGAUAAACGGCCACAUGCUGAAUGUCGGCCCUGAUAUUUGACAAUGAAAACAUCCUCCUCUCUUAAAAAUAUGAAUACCUUGGUGAUUCAAAAUGAUUUCAAAAUAUCACAUUCUGUAGUACUUCAACUUUCAGGAUGCUAUCUGGAAAACACACUACUUUUAUCUGUUAGAAAUGUUUUUGAACUUGUCUAUCGCCCCCUACUGUACUGGAGUUCAGUGUUUUGAACAGACAAAAUGAGCAAAAAUUUCCCUUUAUGACACAUUAUUAUCCAUUCACUGUAUAAAAAGUAGGUUUAUCAUUAGAACUCAUCUCAAACUUCUAUCAUUAGAGCUGAGGAUGUGAGUUAACCUACGCAUUAACACAUUACCUCUGACCCUAAAUGAUGAUACUGUUUAAACUGUAAGUGUCAGACGCACGAGGUAUUUGUGACUUCCUCUUUAAACGCUGUAAAGGAAACAUGAUCGACCGCAGGAGAGAGACCAGGUUGUGUCUUAAGUUUGACUGAUUUCAUUUAAAGAGGAGUCUGAUACACCUGCAGGAUGAGGUUGCAAAUAUUGAAUCAAUGCUAACACAGUCAGUUUUCAUGCAACAGAAGGGAAUAAAUAUUACAAGAAAGAAAGAAAGAGUUAAACCUUAAUUUUUGAAGAUUUCACCACCUGGAGACUAAAGUCAGCACUUUCCUGUUUGUAUUAUUUUGUAUUAGAGUACAAUUAAACAGUUAAACAAUGACCUGAUGCAUCGAAGCAGCUCAAACAUAAAGGUCACAGGAAUAGAUCACUUACAGGCAUGUUAUUUCUGCGAGAAAGGUUAACUAAUCUAGUAUUGGAGGUCAGCCAUGAUGUAUUUUAAGAUCAGCAUCAUGAAGCAGUUAUGAUCAGGCUAGUUUUUUCGUCUGGUUGCUGGCUGGUAGGAAGUGGUUUCUUGUUGUUGCCACACGUCCUCUGCAGGAGAAAACGCUCUGAAUCCACAUGCACCUCAUACUCAUGAUGAUACAUGCCAGAUCUUUGAAUCUGCACACUAUUAAUGUGAAGUUUUACUUAAUAAGACCAUUAAGAGUACAGAGGUCAGUCUUCGUGUACGAACUCAUCCGUUUGACUCCUCUAGAAAAAGCUGCAAAUAUGAUAUUAUUAGAUCACAAGCUUUCACAGUAAAACAGUCACUCAAGUCUGAAUUUAUAGAAGCUUAAAAGCAUUUAUGUGAAAUAAGCAAUGCUCCCUCACUUAGCAUGUAAACAUUUUUGAAUGGAGGACUGAGUAAAAAUAGGUGUCAAUAUAUUAGUGUCAAUAUCUAUAUCUGUCAAACUGAGAGUGAAGAUGUCGGCAACUUGUGGAUUUAUUUUGGAUUCAGUGCAAAUACAGAUUAUUUGAAAGACAUGAAAAACAGCCUUUGUCAAACUGCCAGUUCAAAGUGCCAUAUUUACACCCCUGUAACGUCUCACAACUGGCAUAAAUGUAUCAGAGGCGUCAUGGUGGGACCAAGUAUCUCCACCCCUGUGCUGGCAGUGGAGGACAUAGUAGUAAUAGAGGUGCUAGAGACAAAAUCACUGUGAGCCUGCAGAGCAAGCAGGAUUGUGUGUACGUGUGAGAGUGCAUGUGAGUGUGUGUGUGUGAGUGUGUGUGUGAGUGUGUGAAGCUCCUGCUGUGUGUUUGAAUGUAGGCUUCUGCAGCAUCUUGACACAAUGUGAAAUCACACUUUGGGACCCCAGGAUUAAGCAAUUUUAUUAUUGCAAGAUUGAAACGAAAGUGUGACGAUGGCAGUGCUGCAUUCAAGCAUUUUUGCCGAAAAAAGAGCUUUAAAAAUCUGAGAGAUACAACUGAUUUACAGUUUAUAUAAUAUUGAUUUAUUUAUUGCACAUUGCACUUAUGUUUUUUGUCAUGCAAGCCUAGUUGAAUUUUACAGCGUCUUAGUCUUACCACCAAAGCUCUGUGAUUCUCUAGUCAUGCAGAAAUUUCAGGUCAAAACAAAGGUUAACAAAAUAUGUUAAUUCAAACCAAAAUUUUUUUCAGUAUUUUUUCUUUUUUCUUGGUAAUAAACAAGUAAUAAACAUUUUAUUUGCAUAUUUUUAGAAUAAACAGAGGGAGGUAACAAUGAUAAAACCUUCUUGGAAAUGUAUUUGCAAAUUAAAGAUUUACAGAGGAAAAGCAGAGAAAUUGAAGUAACUUUGUGAAGUCCUGAGCGAAUAUGUUUUGCAUGUUCGUUUGUUUAUGUCUGAUUUUUUGUUGUGUAAAUAUCUCUCUCUCUCUCUCUCCCUCUCGUGUGCGUCAGGAGGCGGGAGGAUGUCUGUGGAGGUGGACUUGUUGCUGCAGGAGGCGAAGGAAAGCAUAGAGGCGGCCCAGAACUACCGCAGUGAGCUCCAGCAGCGCCUAAAUGGCCUCAACCAGGCCCGCAAACAGGUACCACUGUCUGUCCUCACCUUCACUCACAUACAGGAUAAAGUUUGGAUGCUCAGCUGCUCUUAAAACCCUCCUUCUUCUCCCAGACCUCUAUCUUUUUCUUUUCAUCUGUCAAAACUGGUGUAACAUGAAGUUUGUUGACCCCUUACCCUGUUAAAUCCCAGGAGAGUGUAUUCUCUCUCUCUCUCUCUCUCUUGCUCUGUCUGCUAUCUCUUCCUUCCUCCUGCUGUCUGGAUUUACCCUCCAGCUGCUCACAGUAAACAAUGCUGCUAUUUCCUGUUGCUAAUAUCAACAGCCAGACUAAGUUUGAGGAGAUAUGAAGGAAAAGAGAGAGAUAUUGGAGAGAGCGGACUGAAUUCAACUUUUAUUGUUAUUCUGAAUCACCACCCAGUGAAAGUGAGGUCAUGUUUGGGGUGCAGAAGUCUAACUGGAGUCGCUGCAUUAGUUUGGAUACAACUUGAUUUAAGUUUCAGAGCAAACUUAGGCAGGAAAUGCAGAUCAGUAUCUCACCAGAAAGCAGCAAAUCAAAAUCAAGUCAAAGUUUAUUUUUGAUAACACAUUCAAGAUAUAAUGUGCAUAUAUAUUUAUAGAGUGCAUAGAGUAUUGAUAAAUAUUAUUAAGAGAUAAAUAGGAAUAGAUUUAAAAAUGACAGAGUGUUAUUUUAUCAUUUGUGAGUACUUUCCGUGCAGAGUUUGCAUGUUCUCCCCGUGUUGCCUGGGUUCCCUCUGGGUACUCUGACUUCUUCCCACAGUCCAAAAACAUGCUUGUCAGGUUACUUGGUCCCUCUAAAAUGCCUGUAGGUGUGGGUGUGUGCGUGAAUGGUUCUAUAUCUCAAUAUGUCAGCCUUGUGAUAGACUGGUGACCUGCCCAGGAUGUACCCUGUUCUCAAAUCAAGUUCUUGUAAUUGUUUGACAGCAUUACUUUUAAAUUGAACUCGUCUUUGCUCUCAUAUUGUGCUACAUAUCAUAUCCUGUGACUGUGGGAAAAACCCUGCCCUACUGUCAACUUAAAUGUGACAGAAAGCUAGGAUGUGGCAUAGAAAUCACUGCAUUUCCAUUAUGCUGUUUAAAUGAUUUUCUUAAAUAAAAAAAUCAAUGUUACAGCACUUCUUAAUGGGAUAUCCUGGUGUAAAAUUAAUUUAGGUUCAAACACACCGUAACACCGAGUUAGACACCUCAUCGAGAGAUGAAUGUUGCCGACCGCUUGCUUCUCUCGUUAUACCAACUUUAGUAACGACCGCAUGAUAGCAAUACAGAGCGAUCUGAGCUUCAUUAAAAUGCAAUCAGACCAAAACGCUAAGGCAGAAGAACUACCGUGUAUGCAGUGCAAAAUGAUUAAUAUGGUGAUUAUUACUUCAAGGAAAUGAUAAAGAAGUGAUCAUAAAAAAAAAGAUGAUAAAUGUGCGCAGCUCAAGGAAAUGACAAAGUAAUGAUCAUACAUGUUCUUCCUUGAGCUGCGUCACCCCGCAGCAGUCCGUAAAGGACUAGCCUGAGUUCUCGCUACAAACAAGCGGCUGCUGGAAGAGAGUAAGGGAGUUGUGUUUAGUCUCUUUGACAAGAAAUCAGGCAAAGUUAAAAAGAUGUUUGGUGGCUAGUACUAUGGCUAGGACCCUAUAUGUACUGUUGAUGAAGUUAGGUGCUGUUCUGAGCAUUAUUUGUGGCUUUAGAGUGGCGUUUUGGUUGAGGUUUGUUUAUGGCUCCUCAGACUGCUGUGUAUCGCUAUCAUGCAGUCGUUACUAAAGUUGAUAUAACUAGAGAAGCAAGCAGUCGGCAACAUUAAUCUCUCGAGGGGGUGUCUAACUCUGUGUUACGGUGUGUUUGACCCUUAAUUAAUUUCACGUCGGAGUAUCCCUUUAAGACCUCUGGUUAUCUUCUUGUUUACUCUGUAAAACCAACCUUAGUGAACAUUGUAAUUAUGUCACAAUCAGGGGCAUGAGAGCAUGUCUAGGUCUUGUCCCAGAGCAGAUGAUGAAGCACUAUUUAAACAUCUAUUUUAUUUAUUCAAACAGUCCCAUUAAGAUUGAAAAUCUUUUAACAAGAGUGUUCUGGCCAAGAUCAGCAGCAGCAGCAUAUUACAAACGUAUGAGACACAAUUCAGAAAAUACUAACAUAUCCUUUGACACAGAACAGAAGGUCACUAGUAAAAGCAUCUACAGCCUGAUGCAUCCUUCUCCAACACCUUCGGAAAGACCAGCUCUCUUAGACCCAAAUCCUUCAGCAUGAGAUCCCAAACUAUAGGAGAAGCGACCCUGAAAAUCUUUCUCCUCGUUUGCACUCUUUCCUCCCUAAUCUCAGUUCAGCAGCCACUGGCAAUGUCCAACUUUCAGUUUAUUAUAGAGAGUCAAAUAAAGCAUACUCUUUCAAUUACUGUGAAAGUCUCUCACACACAAACAUACAAUAAGGUAGUUUGUGUUUGUGAGUCUGUCUCCCCUCCACCCAGUCCCAGCUGUUUCAUCACACAUUAUCUCUCUCCAUCAAGCCUGUGCUGUGGUUUCUUUCCCAUAACCCCUUUCUUUCCCACAGCAGGGAUGGCUCAGCACCAGAUUGAAGGAAUACAGGAAACAGACACACACACACACACAUAGAGGAGGGAGAUAGCAGAAUGAGUGUGUUUAAAAAGUCUGACAAUACUAUCACUGCUGCAUCUCGUCUUUGGAGGAGUCGUCCUCCAAACACUCGUCUGAUUUUAAAUCAGCUCCUCCUGUGUUUGACAAUCGUUGAAUAAUGUCUGUGCUUAUUUUGAGUUCCACUGUUAUCUGACGAACGCAAAAAUAUUGAUCAUCACUCGUCUGUGUUGUACUGAUAAUCGUCAGGAAGUGAUGCGAUGGGUGCCUCUGGUGGAAAACGUCCUGUUACAGCUCAACACACACGCACACACACACGCACACACACACACACACACACACACGUGAAGUCCAGUGUGUAUUCUGGCUCAGGUCCUCUGGUGUGUGUUUCCACUCUCAUAGUCAUGCUGUCCUUGCUUUAUCAGUGCAGCAGUUGUCAAUCAGCCUUCCGUUUCCUGAUAUCUCUUUAUCACUCUUUCAGUGUACUCAUUGUGAAAUGCCUGAGUGAGUAAGUGUGUGUGUGUGUGUAUCAAAUUGUGUUUGACAAAGAGGAACUGAAACAUGGACUCUACCACUGAUGGAAAACCAGCAAACCUCUUUGCAAGCUUCCCGUCUCGCAGUUUGAACUGCUUUUUGUGGUGGUAGCUGAAGCACUAGUUGUAGUAGAAGUCAUAGUUGUAGUCCACAUCCUGCUGUGCUGCACUAUAUUUCAGCCAGGACCAGUGUAGUGAAAGAAAAGGACUUAUUUACAUGCAGGAAGUCCUAUGUGUUGGUGAGAGGCCACUGCUUCCAUGUGUGUAUGUGGAAACCUGAAGCAGGGAGAGCAACAGAACAGAGCAGAGCAGGCAUCACAAUACAUAAGCAAAGGACUGCUGGAACGAUAUUCAGUGUUUGAGUACAAUUUGAACUCAAAGGUUUAAGGAGUUGAGUGUAUGUAGUGAAUGCAUUCACACUUGUCUACCUAUUGAAAGGGAUAUUCUGGCGUAAAAUUAGUUAGACCCCCCCUAAAGAGAUGAAUGUUGCUGACCGCUUGCUUCCGCGGUUCACAGCGGUCUGAGGAGCGAUACUCAAACCACUCAGACGAGUCCAUUACGGACUGCUGUGGGGUGACGCAGGUCAAUGAAGAACAUUUAUGAUCAUUUCUUCAUGGAAAUGCAAUCAGACCGAGACGCUAAGGCAGAAGAAUUACCGCGUCUGUAGUGAAAAAUGAUUGAUAUGGUGAUUAUUACUUUAACGAAAUGAUGAUGUAAUGAUCAUAAAAUCAUAAAUGUUCUUCCUUGAGCUGCGUCACCCCGUAGCAAUCCGUAAUGGACUGGCCUGAGGUCUCGCUACAAACAAGGGGCUGCUGGAAGAGAGUGGGUGAGUUGUUUUUAGUCUAUUUGAUAAAGAAAUCAGGCAAAGUUAAAAAGAUGUUUGGUGGCUAGUGCUGUGGCUGGGACCCUAUAUGUCCAGAAACUCUGAAGGCAUUUUUCUGGGUUUCACUGAUAGUGUUAGUUAAUGCCCUCUGCCUUUGUAGGGCAGUAUAAAUUUCUGCUGCUCUCCAGUUAGCGCAGAAGUUUCCCCAUCCUCUUCUUUAGUCCAUCCAUGGAGUCUCUGUCGCUUCCCUGCAAACCCAGUUUCAUGAAGGUGUUCACAUGUGGCCACAGUAAGUGGCAUCUCUUUGCUGCUGUCAGAAUCUGCCAUUUUUGGGUUUGGUUGAAGCCCACUUAUUGGAAUAGCUGAUCAGCGCCUAGCAGGGUGAGCAACACAUGAUGCAUUUGAGAAUAAUGUAUAGUCAAACAGACAGCAGGAGUGGAGCGCUGAAAAGUUUCCAAAAAGAGCAUACAUGUACUUCUACAUUAGUGUUUGUCAGAGUUUCUUUAAAUUAGCUUAAAUAGAGUAAACCCUGUUUCGGCUCUCUAUAGUUAAUUUUCUGGACCAACUCUGGCUGGUUUCCCAACAAAAAGGUGAGCCGCCCAGAAUCUCCUUUGUGUAAUACACCGACUACUGACAAGUGUCUCAUAUAUCCCUACUUCAAAUAAAAUGAACCAUCCCUUUCACUUACCAGGGCGCAGUGGCGGUGCUCUGGUUUCACUUCUUGAGAGGCGUCACAUUGCUGCGAGCGUCCUGCAGAAUCAGCCUGUGCAAGAACCUGCUGCAUACUUCAGUUUUAGUCCAGAUUGGCAGAGUUCUAUCAAACACAACACAGGAAAAAAUGCUGGUAGUAGAAGGCAAAUAGGAAGUCCCCCCUGGCACGGAUCAUUGCUCAUUGUUUGAAAGAACAGGACGAGUUAUAUGAAGCUUGAGCAAGUCAUUUUCAAAAAAUGCACCACUCAUCUGUCUGUGCUGCAAAGAAACACUACCAAUAAAUUAAAAAACAGCUAUUUUUUGGAAUUUUCGUACCGAUUUAUUCAUAGUUCCUUUUAAGGAGGUGCCCUGUAAAAGUGAAGUGUGUUGCACUGGCAGGAAUGUAGAACAUGAAACUUGCCUGAAACUGAAAGCUGUGCCUUUAUUUAAAGAGCGGGUUUCAAAAUCUAAAGGAGAAAGAGCUUCACAAAGGCAGCAAAAUAGAAUAUAAAGGUCUCAGAUCAUAAAUAUUAAAACAGUCUAUAGAAUAAACUGGACAUAAAUGGCAUCAAACAAAAUCAAAUAAGAGCCACCAACUGUAAAAGUUUUAAAUAUUAGACAGUUAGUUACACUCACUAAGUUCUGUCUUGAAUCUGUCGUUGUCUCCGUGCUCUUUAGGUCCGGGGAAGCUCGGGUCAGGCCCGUGAGGCUCUCCGGCGGCACUUCACGGAGCUGCAGGCAGCUGCAGGACGGCUGCUGACGGAGCGACUGAACGCCCUGCUGGCUGAGGUGGACGCCAUCGAGGCGGAGAGCGUGAAACCGCUCGAUGACUGCCAGAGCCUCAUUGAGCACGGGGUUGGCCAGGCUGACGAGCUGCUCAGAGAGGGUCAGUGAUUAUUUCAUUUGAGGAACAUGUAAGGAGUGCUCACAUGAGUUGAACGCUAGUUCUUCUGUAUCUCCAGGGGAAGCAGCUCUGCGUUGUGGUCUUGGCGAAAAGGAGGAUCAGCUGGGCAGUUUCACCAAGAAGGCCAUGCACAUCCAGUUGGACAGGUAGGACAGAGAUGGUCGGUUUGACUGUAGGUCAGUGAUGCCAGAUGGGAAAUAUAGAAUUAUCGUAACAGAGACUCAAAAUGAUCGUAUUUUUGGGAAAAUUAUCCUACACCCAUCAUAAUCAAAAUAACAAUCUUACUGUUGCAUAAUAGUCACAUAUAGUCACUCUGUUUAGUGUCCUACAGGCACUCAUGAUUUUGUGGUCAUUCACCACCUCGCCCCACAACUGCAGCUCCAACUCAGCUGUGUUACACUGGUGCGUCCCCUUUAAACAAAUUACAGAUGGGAACUACUCAGCCAAAUCAUGAGACCUUGAGGUCACCUACUUUUUAAAAACAGUAUUCAUAAUAACUGAUGAGGAAGUAAAGAGUAAUCUGACUUAACUUAGUGAAAUCUGUUUUAGACACAAAAAUCAACACACGAGGAUUCUGCUCUCGUUAAUCACCGUCCUCUUCAGUGGCGCUCAUUUUUCUCAACUGACUUCCCGACUGAGCACGAUUGACAGCCAAUCAUGCUUGUUGUUCGGAGACAAACAUCGCUCAAACUACAACUGGGUGAACACGUCAUGUGGUAAAAGAUGCCUUCAGGUUUCGCGAAUAAAAAACUGGAAAAUGAAGUGUCUGGCAGACUGAGUCAGUCCUGUUGCACCACACGUUCACGAAACUGUCAAAUUAUGGUACAUUUACCCUUUUAUUGAUUGUACAUCGUACACGGGGAAAAAAUAUUGUACAAAUACAAUAAUUAUCGUACACCUGGCAACCCUGCUAUAGGUGUUUUCAGAAGUCGAACUGCCUGUAGUUAUGAUUAGCUAUUACAAAAACUGCAUGCAGCCAGGAUUAGGUACUGAAACUAUCUAAAAAGAAAGAGUGAUAGAACCUCAGUUAACUAAGUUUGAUAUUUCAGGUAAAACAGCUGAAAUUCCGGAGCCAGUUACUCUGCAGUUUGAACUGUAGCAUGCAUGUGAAAUUAUGAAUGAAUUUAGAAAAGGCUAAAAUGCGCUGACAUUACAACAUUAGUCCAAAUGCUUGGGUUAGUGUCAGUGUUAUCAGUGUAAAUGUGAUGGUUUGUUUCUCUCGUGGUGUCUCUUGUCCAGCCUCCCUGAGGUUCCAGCGUUGGUGGAUGUGCCGUGUGUUUCAGCGCAGCUGGACGACUCACUGUUGGGUCUGCUGAGGGAGCGUGUGUCCCGUCACGGCUCUGUGUCCUCACACCCACCGGCCCAGAUCGAAGAGCUGCAGGAGAGACCGGGAAGCAUCCUGGUCCGCUGGUGCAAGGUAAAAACCAACAAAUUCUUAACUGCAAAUUAAAGAGAUGCCAUUCCUUCAUUAUGCUCCCUGUGUUUUCAGGUGGACGAGGACUUUGCAGCGGCAGAUUAUCGGCUGCAGUACCGGCGAGCUGGCAGCGGGGGGAGUCAAUAUGAGGACGCUUACAUCGGUCGGGACUGUGAGUUCCUCAUUCUCCACCUGGACCCACACACGGAUUAUCUCUUCAGGGUCUGCGCACGCGGGGAAGGUCGCACAGAGUGGAGCCCCUGGAGCAUCCCACAGACCGGAUACACCACACUCACACCGCACGGUAGGAGGGGACUCUGCCCACCUUCAAAGCUUUGGGAAGGUUUAGGGGUGGACAUGAUCAAGAUGUUUCUGCAACAGCACCUUGCUGAAGAAUUCCUCCUUCUUCUGAUCAAAUGUGUGUGUUGUUCUCUGGUCAUGCAGAGUGGUGUCCGGGCACUGAGGGCUACAUCCUGAGCAGCAGGAGAAACAUAGCUCUGAGGAACGACUCCUCACAGUCACGCUGCACCGUCCUCUACUCGAACGCACCCACCUACUUCUGCGGCCAGACCCUCACCUUCAAGUACGCACACACAGACACCAGUCUAAACAUUUGCUGUAAAUCCUCAAAUAUAGACCGCACAGAAGGAACCUGUUUUUACUGGCAUGUCUUUAUUUUAAACUUUCUCUGUGUGAGGAUUAUAAUUGUUCAUAUUCAAGUACAAAGCGAGGGUCUGAUUCACUAAACCUGAAUCAUACCAAAACACAAUUCAGAGGCUGUAUUGUUUGGAAAUUUUGAUUCAAAGUCAACCAAGUCUCUUACAGUCUUCUUUUCCCAGUUUUAAUAUUACUUAAAAACUGUUAUCUUGACAGUCAUUUGGUUUUUAUACUUAAUGGGACUCUGUAUGUGUGUUGCUGUCUGUGUAGGAUCUCUGCAGCAGGUCCCAUGGAUCGGAGGGACAGUCUGGGGGUGUGUGUGGACAGCAGGAGGGAGGCAGAGUCACUUCAGAGAGACCAGGCCGUCUGCAUUUCCACUAAUGGUACACUGGCACAGAUAUUAUGUUAUUUGUUAUGCUGAGGUUGUGACAGACAUAGUUUGUUAACAAAUCUUGUAGAAAUGCAGUUUUAACAGAGUUAAAGUUGUUAAACAUUAUAGUGGAGUGGCAUUUUUAUUUAUGUGGUGACAGAAAAAAGCAACUGAAACCAGGAUAGACUGUUCAAAAGAGGAAAGUUAAACAUUUAAUCUAAUAAUAUGGUGUUAUGAAUGCAACCACACUUGCUUUAAGUUGUCCUUUAAGUGGUCAUAAGCAUGUGUUAAUGUCAUGCUAUUCUUUAAAGAGAGGAUAUCUUGAAUCCAUACUCGUGCUGCGGGCCCCUCUCUACCUACCUGUAGUUUUAAAUGAAGAUGACUGCUGCUUUGUUAUCAUGCAGCUCUACAAUUGUUGUUUCAUUGCAGAAGUUUUAUGAGGAAGGAAAUGAGUUCAGCAUGUUUGUUUGACCUCAAGGGUUCACUUAUAGAGCUUUUAGUUUCACUGAAGGUAUACAGCUGCGAGUUUAUAAGAAAAAUCGAUCAAAUUUUAAUGUACCAUAUUAUUGAUAUAUUCUAUUCAGACCACAAUAAAAUAAAACCCCAUACUCUUACUUUUUUCUGCAAAAAGUCUUUAUACAUUUUCUUAAUUGAGUCAAUUAAAAGGGGUAUGCAUGGACGCAGCAAGAUAAUACUGCCUUCAAAUUCCAAGCUAGAGGGACCCCUCUUCAGAAGGUAUUAGAAGUGCGUCUUUUAUACCAGAUUAAAGGUGGGAUUCCUCUGCUGGUAUAAAACAGUUCUGUCAAUGUUUAGGUGCUGUUUUUGUCAACGGUAAGGAGAUGACCAACCAGCUGCCGGCUGUCACUGUGGGCUCAUCUGUGACCUUCGACAUGGAGGUGGUGAACCUGUUCCCAAUCAGCAACAACAACCUGAGCGAGGGGGGCAACUUCAAGCUGAGGGUGACCAUUGGCUCAGGGAACAGGGAGGUGGUGUUCGAUUGGCUGGUGGACCAGGCGGUGGACUGCCUCUACUUCGGCUGCUCCUUCGUCCACUGUGGCUGGAAAGUGCUUGUGUAUUAGAGCAAAGAUGGAUCUGUUUAAUUGCUGGAGUUCAGUGGGUGAUCACACAAGCACAGUUUUUCUGCUUCCUACAUAUCAGGUCAACAACAAUAUGAGAUAUCGAUCAUUUCUUCCCAGAACUCGCAGAUACUUCAAAGCAACCUCCAAACAGACCAUAAUGGCUUUUUUUGAAUCAUGCUUCCUAGCUGGUUUUCCCUCCAUUGGGCUCAGAAUUUAAGUGUGUGACUUUUUACAGAGAGAAUGCAAACAGGGAUGUGUCUUAGUAACAAAGCUUUGUUUAUCCAGAGAGAGUAUGUAAAUAGCUCUUCUGCCACCAAACUCCAUCCACAAAAACAGUCAUUUUACUCAUCAAAACAUGGGAGUUGCUGGUCUAUCUCUGGUGUUCUUUUUGCACUUUGUUGGAGCAGAAUGAAGCAACUUUUGGUACAGUUUAGACCUCAAGAUUUGCAAUAAUAAAGUAGUACCAGGCAAUUAAAACACCUGGGUAAAUCUGUUUUUAGACAGCGGCCUGAUCCUUUUUGUCAAAUAUGAUUCUAAAGAGACUCUGAUUGUCAUCUAAGGUGUGUGACAACAGUAAGGACAGGAUCCCCAUAGAAACAAACCUGGUUAUUCUCAAAUGAGAUGUACAGAAAAGAGUAAGGGUAAUUGUUUGGGGGGUUCAAACUCUUUUUUUGAAAUUCUGAGAUUAGAGUCAAAGUUUGAGGCUUAAAGUCAGAAUUCUACUAAAAUUUGGGUCAUUUUCAUUUUUCGUAGAAAUUUUUUUUUCUAUAGAAUUCUGACUUUGUUUUAGAUGUACAGAAUUCUGAGAUUAAAGUAAAAAAAAUGAGACUUUUCCAAACAAAAGUUGACUUUUUACUAAAAUUCUGCUUCUCCUUUUUCCUGAGGAUUCUCACGGAAAUCUCUGAAUUUUGGGACUGAAAUCAGAAUUCUCAUUUCUUUUCUCAGAAUCCAGACUUGACUUCUUGACAUUUUGUAAAAUAAGAAUUCCAAAAUUUCAACUCACUUUGUUGCAAUGAUUCGGCUUUUUUCAAUUAGAAUGUUGCCUUUUUACUCAGAUUUCUUAUGUUUUAGAAUUCUGAGUUGUCUUUUUGAAAAAUCUCUUUAGCUGCUAAAACCUUUAGCUGAGAAUGAUCAUUUUCAGAAUCCUGAAAUAAAAGACAGAUUUCUGAUCUUAAUUUCAAGAUUCGAAGAUUAGUUGUAAUUCUGUCAUUUUUCUCUAAAUGCUUGUUCUGUGUGUUGUUUUUCUUUUUUACAAUUUUCUUACCUUUUUAUUAGAAUUCUGACUUUUAACUCUGAAUUGUCUUCCAGACUAAGUUAUGACGUUUUCUCAGAAUUCUAAUUUUUUCCCUUCAAAAUUCUGAUUUGUUCCUUCAAAUCUGAAAUUAGUUAGGAUUCUGACUUUAAUCUUGAAAUUCUGGACAUUGAGAGUAAAGUUGGAAUUCUGUCUAUAUCUCAAAAUGUAGUUGUUUUUUUUCAGUUUGAAGGCUCUCUGAGGGGAAAUCUGAUCUUUCUGGACUCCUCUUCAAAAAGCCUCAAGAGAGAACAGAUAUUUGUGUCACAACAGUGUUUUUUUCCUUUUUCUUUCAGUUUGAUUCUCAGCCUUCUUCAGAGGUGGGCUUUUGUUUACAGCUUUGUUUAUUGUGUGGGUUUUCAGUGGAUUGAGUUAGAUGUGAAUCUAUGCAAUGUUUAAAUAAAGUAAAGCACAGCCUGAUUGGACAUCCAGAGCUGUAUAGGAUGUAACAUGUUACAGUUUUUCUGUUUCCAGGGUUCAGACUGCUUAACUUGCAGUUUUUUUGUGUGUUUUUUUUUAAACUGAACAGAAACAUUCACUGUGAAAGCCACACUUUGUCACCUGUUUGUUUUUUUCUUCUUUUUUGUUGUUUAAAGGGACGGUUCAGCACAAACACAAUCUGGUCUGUUUUUUUUCCUGACCGAGUGGAGCUUUAGGGCAAACUUCUCCAAUCUUUGGAGAAACGAAUAACAAGAAUAGAGACAAACAUUCAAGAUGGUUCAAUUAUAUGAAUAAGAGGAAGCUACAGUAGAGUAUGAGAGAUUUGGAUUAUGAAGUUGUUAAUUUACAAGAAUUAACAUUAUAUUCAAGAGAAUAACAUCAUGAAUUUGCAGGACUUAACUGUAAAUUGAGGAGAAAAAAAAGUUAGUGUAUUGUUGGCUUGUAUGUUAUUUUAAAGGGUAAGUCGUUUUGAAUGUGUGUUUAUUCUUGUAAUUGAAGGAGUUAUACCUUGUAAAACGUACUUGUUUUUUCUCCUAAAUUUACAGCUUUUUACUCAUAAAUUGUAUGACUUUUUUUAAUGUUGUUCUUUCGAAUGUUUAUUAUUCUAAAAUUUAUUCUGUAAAUCUGGUAAAAUUGCAAGUUUUUCCUGGACAUUUGCCACUUAAAUCUCAUAAAUUUAUGACUUUGUAGAUUCAAAACUAUUAAAUUCGACCCAUGAGUUUAUGUUUGUUAUCUUAAAACCUAAAUCUUGCCAUUUAACCAGUUCAUUCUUGUAAAUUUACAACUUCUCUCAAAGGGAUUUUUUGAUUUUUUUUCCCUUUUAAAUGUGUGACUACAGUCCCCUUAAUUUAUGAGUGGGACACUUGUUAAUUGACGGUUUUAAUCUUUAAGAUUUAGUGGUGUACUGUCAUAAUUUAGGACCAUUGUUAAUUUACGGUCUUUAUCCUUUAGAUUUACAACUUUAUUUUUCACAUAAUUGGACUCGUCUCUUAUGUGGCCCCAAUCCUCUGUAGCAGGAAGCUGUAGCCUUAAAAAAAAAUCAUAAUGACUUGUCAACUGUAAAAUAAUAAUACCAUUACUCUGGAUGAUGUUAUAACUGCAUUGACAAUCCUAACAGUAUUUAUGUGAAACCUGCCGUUUCAGUCUACAGAUGAGAGUUUGAAUGAGCUGAUAGUUAUUUAUACAUUUGAAAGGAGCUGUUUAUUUUACUCUGAUUCAAAUCUGAUUAUCAUUUCUGUUUAAUAUGAAUGACUGUCACUGUUGUUAAGAAAAGAAAUCUGUAAGAUGGAUUAUCUCACCUCAAAAACUUUUAGAUAUUAUUACAAUUUUGUUUUCUUCUAAUACCAAAUUUAUUGGUUGAUGUAUUUGGGAAUUUUGUCUGAAUAGGGUGAAGUUAAAAAAAGUCAGAGCUUGUUUGGUUUCCCUGUGAAAUUUCAAACUGAAGAAGUUUUUGUUUGACUGUGGAUAUUUAGUUCUUCACCAGACAAAUUCACUGGCUGUUCAUUAAUGUCAGAGGGAAUGCUGAAGCAUCUUCAUGCUACACUCCAUUUCAGCAAACAUUUAUCUGCAUUUCUGUGACCAAACCUGAUCAGGGAUUUUAUUCUUUGGCUGAUCUGGGGUCAGAAAACAAUUGAACUCUGGAGCGUCCAGUUGAUGGUACAGAUUUCCUGAAACCAGUGAACGCAACUUUACUCUUGUUUUUUCUUUUCAGCCACAAGGAGGCAGAAAACUUGACAACGGGGAGCCAACAUUGACUCCUGCUGGUCAAACUUAUGAACUGCAUUUGUUCAUGAUGCUGUUUUCCAACAAAUUUUAGCCAAUAAAGUUAUCUUUUGAACGGA